UGUGAGCAGGAGGCAAACCACCCGCCCAGGCAUGAUUACUUGGAAGGAAAUCCUAAGUGGCUGUGGGGCUUCAAGUCUUUCUGCCUGAUUCCAUGCAGAGCUGGAUACACCUACAGACACCUUCAGUGGCCUUACGCAGACUCCGCCUGGAGGCAGGCUAUAAAUGCUUCCACUGACCUGACUGGCGGGACGGGCCUUCUAGGUCAGUUCAGAAAUGGGGUUGCCCAGGGAAUGGCUCCCUCCUCUUCCAGUGACCUGGAGAAGCAUCCUGUGUUGGUGCCCCCCAACUCUCCGGAAACCACCGCUUCAGGGGCCCAUGGUAUCCCAGAAGGAGCAUUCACUAGGCGCCUCACCAGCACCCAGAGCAAGCUUCGUAGCUGCAGCAGGUCAGCAGGUCCCUCGCACUCAGUGCCUUUUGAGUACAACAGCAGUAUCCGGCGGGAUGACCAGAGGGCCCCUCUCAACUCGGCUAACUUCACAGCCUCUCAGGGACCAGGCCUGGACUCGGACUUUGGAGCCAGUGCUGGUGUCUCUGUCCGGAUCCUGUCCUCUGACAGCGAAGAGAGUCCGAACACACCCCUGUUGUGCCCCCGGCAGUCGGGGCGAUUUGAGUGGGAUUACUAUGACCCCAGCUACAAGCGGCAGAUUCGGCUGCACCAUCAGCUGCCUCGGAUUUGCAGCAAGCAGUACUGGCUAUAGUUCAAGGCUGGGGAGGAGUGGAGCAAGUGGGGUGGCCACGGUGUGGACUCGGCCCCUCCUCUGGAGACAGUUGCCUACCUGCCUGAGUUUUAACUGGAUCUGUUUUAUUUGUGUCCUCACCUGUUGUCCUUGACAAGGAGUUCUGGCGACUUCUGUAGCUGUUGGGUGCCUCUAGUGGGGAGCACGGCUGCUUUCAUACCUGGGGAAGCCUACUUGAUCCACAUUCGCACACAAUACUUGACUUGCAUGCACCAGUGUGCACACCAUGGCCCCCAGAAAUGCACAGCUGCCAACACAGUCACAAGAAGUGAGCACCUGCACUGACAGGGAGAUGGAUGGAGCUAGAGGAAAGCAACGCACUGACUGGGAGUGGCCGCUGAGCCGGUCUUGGCUGGCAGAAACAUUCCGAUAGGCUUGGCAGUAAAGCCCAACACAAAAGUACCUUCUUGGAGGAACAUUAAGAGCCCCCAAGCGGACGUAUGCACUUCUCAUCUGACACAACUGGCACAGAGGUUCUACACAAAGGGGGUGGGGGAAUGCUGUGGGGAACAAGCCUAUGUGUGUUGUGUUGUGUUGGACUUCAUUAUGUGUUCUGAAUUUCUUUCAUUAAAGAUGCUGGAGCUUUUC